UACACCAUAAUUUUAGGGUUUCUGCCUCUGAUCAAACUAAAGACAGCAGAUUCGUCAGAGAGAGCAAAUCAGAAAUCGGAGAAAAUGAAGACGAUUCUUUCUUCAGAAACGAUGGACAUCCCCGAUAGUGUUACCAUCAAGGUUCACGCUAAAGUGAUCGAAGUCGAAGGACCUCGCGGGAAGCUUGUUCGCGAUUUCAAGCAUCUCAACCUCGAUUUCCAGCUGAUCAAAGACCCUGAGACUGGGAAGAAGAAGCUUAAGAUCGAUUCGUGGUUUGGAUCACGCAAAACCAGCGCUUCCAUCAGAACCGCUCUUAGUCACGUUGAUAACCUGAUCUCCGGUGUUACCAGAGGUUUCCGUUACAAGAUGAGGUUCGUGUACGCCCAUUUUCCGAUCAACGCCUCCAUUGGUGGUGAUGGCAAGUCUAUCGAGAUCCGUAACUUCCUUGGCGAGAAGAAGGUGAGGAAGGUAGAGAUGUUGGAUGGUGUAACCAUUGUUCGAUCUGAGAAGGUCAAGGAUGAGAUUGUUCUUGAUGGUAACGAUAUUGAGCUCGUCUCAAGGUCUUGUGCUCUGAUCAACCAGAAAUGUCAUGUGAAGAAGAAGGAUAUCAGGAAGUUCCUUGAUGGUAUCUAUGUUAGCGAGAAAAGCAAGAUCGUGGAGGAAGAAUGAAUACUCAUAUCCUCCUCAUAGCUCCUCUUUCUUGUCUUUUGAACACUUGUAUACUUACCGUCAUGACUCUGAGAACAGAUUGGGAUCAACAGGUGUCUACGUCGUUGAGACGAUUAAACCGGUGGGUUGUACCAGAAUCUAGAGACGUAAAUCAAGUAUCAUCAGAGGAAUAGUUAAUAUCGAUUAUGAAAAUUAUCAUAAGCAUCACCAGUACAUUUUAUUCUUAAAAGAUAAAUGUAACUUUUUAGGCUCUGUUCUAAAGGUUGUGAAGACAAGAAUAUGACAAGUUUGAGUCGAUUUGAUGUCCUCGCAGCUAACUUGUAAUAAGAUCUUAAUGUUUAA